CUGCAACAAGUAAAACCAACCAAUUUGUUACGUAAGGAGCACAGAAAUCAACAUUCUCUAGUACUCGUUGUAACCCAAUUACAGAAGAAGAAGAGAACCCCCACCAACCAUUAUAAGCAGAGAGGAAGAAGCCGGAAUCCGUCUCUUGCGUGGGUACUAAUUUCCGCCCAUCUGUCCAAGUACACCUCGGACCUCCGUUCGCCGGACAAUGGCCGGUUCCGAGUCUCAAUACGCACCGGCGUCCACUCCAAAAGAGCCCCUCUUGAAGCGUCUUAAAGGCAUUUGGCGCUUCUCCAUGAUCGUCAACUUGGCUGUGGGAGGUCGGUCAGCUUUCACUGCUUCCUCUCUCUCUCUCUCUUUUUUUUUUUGUUUCCCCUUUCAUUCAAAUCCCUCUUCCUGCUCCUUCUUCCCUCUCGAAUGUCUUGCUUUGCUGGUGCACGUAUGCAUGUCUGAUCCUUGACUUCUUCAAAUUAGUGAUUAAACUGAUUGGUGGUGAAAGAAAAUUAAGGAUCUUGGGUUGUGGGUUUCCCUGAUUUCAUUUUGCCCACAAUGUGUUCGAUGUAUUGUCUCUCUGACGCUUUUGGUUAAAACCAGUUGGCGUUCGGGCAGUUGUUGAUAAAGCCGCGGUGCCAUUUGUCUUCAUAUCUUAUGGGUGCAUUACAGUUUCUGGCCUCUGUGUCCAUUCCUGAUGCUUCGUUCCGAUUGUUGCUGUCCGUUUUUUUUUUUUUGGCAUUUCUGUAGCUCGCGGAGGAGCUAGUUGUGCCCAGUUGUUCCAUGCUUUUCUAUCUACAUGUCGCUGGACGUUUGGGCCAAAACUGCGGUGUUUUGUUAUGAUUUGCUUCCAUGCUUCCUCCACUGAGGAUAGGAUAGGAUAUUCUUCUGAACCAAUGCCUGCUUGAUGAUAUCCGAAAGGGUUCUAACAAGCUGGUUUUUUCUCCAACGGGUUGCAUGCAGCUUACAUCUUCGCUCAUGCUGGCAAGAAAAACGGGGGGAAACAUGUGGAGAAUGUCGAGAAAGCAAAGCCCGAGUCUUUGCUGGAAGAAUACUCUGAUCCUUACGACUCCAUAGUCGAGAAAUUAACUCCUCUCCAUAGGGAGCCAAUAUCUGAAGAUCAGCAGCGUGAGCUCUUCAAGUGGAUGUUGGAAGAGAAGCGGCAAAUGAAGCCUAGCGAUCGUGGAGAGAAGAAAAGGGUUAAUGAAGAGAAGGCCAUUCUCAAAAAAUUUAUCGGCGCCAAGACAAUUCCGAGGAUUUAAUUCAGAAGUGUCUGUUCUGACUUUCAACAGGAUGCCACUUUUACUACGAGGCAUUGAUUUGUUGAACACGAAUCAUUCUAACUCGAUUUCAAUCCAGCCAUGUGUCUUUUAAACUUCAUUGCCCAACUGCCACACAUGAACGUAUUGAUUGAAGUUCCAUUGGUUGUUGUAAAUUCUCUGUCGUGUUCAUGUUUAUCUACCAUGUGGAAAGUGGGAAUAUACCUGUUUGGCGAGUAUGAACUUUUACCAUUGCAGUGUCAUAUCCAGAGCUCAAGUUGGUGGCAGUAUCUCUCUUGUCCACCAUUAAGAAGCUGGGGUAGUUUCCUCAAAGGAGAUUGGGAGUUUUGAGCUGAUGGAGGGAAUUUUUCAUAGAUGGGACAUUUUCUCUAACAGUUGGAAGGCACGAACGAACGUGGUCACUAGAACAUAUGGAUAAGCCAAAAAUGGACCACAAAUUCCAGAGAGCUAAAGGCAAACGGCAUAGAUACAAGUUUUUAGGCACAUAAUUUCUUCUUUUUAGUUUUAACCCUCUAUUCGUUUGGCCUUUAAUGUGUAUCCAGGGAAUUGCCUAACGGUUGAAAUCAAAUAAUGGAGGCAGAAGAAGUGAGACAAAACCAAAAGAUUUGGGCUUUGGUUUUCCCUUUCUGAAAGGUUAACUAACUUGAAGCACAGCCACACCCUCAAAAUGUUCCAUCCAGUGCAGUGGUUGGUUUGAAUCUUUUUCCAGAAUCGAUUCCCAUCGCUUCUGAAUUCUUCUGCACAAGCACAGGGCUAGAGUUCGAAGGUCUCCAAAAUAAUGCCAGGAUCCAUCCAAGUUUCAGUUCUAGAGUUCAUAGGUCUGCAAUCCUUGAUUCCUUCCAAUCAAAUAUACGUCAAAGUUUCCCUGGGGAAAAGGGAAUACCGAACUUUGAACAAAGGCGACUUCUCUUUCCCAUUGACAACUCUCCGGGAAAAUGUCAUUGUCACACUUCAGGACUCUGAUGGAAAUGAAAUCUCCCAUACAGGCGUGGAGACGAGGUUGCUGAUUCAGAAAGGCACCUGGGAUGACAUGUUCCCUCUAGAUGGUGGUGGGCAUAUCCACUUGAAGCUUCGGUUUGUCCUCACCGAAGAAGAUCGUGAAAGAAUCAGAGUCAUGAGAGAAACUGCAUUGAGAAAGAAACAUGAUGAACUUGUUAGCAGCGGAAGCAGAAGUGUGGUGAAGUAUGACAAAGGAGCGGUUUCUGCGCAGAAGAAUCCAAGCCCAAAUGAAACAGACAGAUGCAAGGACACUGCUUCAUCCGCCCAUGUAAAGGAAGUGAAAAAGGAGAGAUCAGUCGUCUUCUCAACUGAAGGAUCCAUUGGAACAACCAUUUCAACGAGGCAAAAUCCUACGAAGAAAGUUCAUGGUAGUGUGAAGAACAUGAUUAGUGCCUUUGAAAGUAGUGCGCAUCAGGAUAUGAGGACUAAAGUAAGACAACAAAUGACAAAAUCACAGUCAGUCAACAACUUAGUUGUUGUUCCUUCCUCUGAAUCCAAGUUGCAGAAAGUUAGAUCAACAGAGUCACUUUCAGAAAAGCUUGGCAGUACUUUAAGUCAGCACAAUGGAGCAGGUGAGAUACACAUGAUGGAAGAGAAAACAGUUUCUGAAGAUUUGGCAAAAAGAACAAGUACAAGUUAUUUGUUGAAUCAGGACACGAGUAGUAAAGUAAGACCAAGCAUGUCAAAGUUUCAGCCAAGCGACAGCCUAGUUGACGUUCCUUCAUCGGAGGGCUCAACUUUGGGAUCCAAGACACAGAAGGUUCGGUCAAUUGCUAAUGAGAUCCUUGUCAAUGAACAGAAGAAAGAUUCUGAAGAUUUGGUUAGAUGGGAAACUGCAUGUGAGAGGGCUUCUUUCUCAGGGGCCAUCCAUGAUCACCACAGUGACUCAUCAUUAGCUAUGAAAAAGCAUUCCGGUAGUCCUAUGGUCACUAGAAAGAGUGACAGCACAACUUACAGAAGAGGGUCACUGGAAACUUUGUGUGAUGAAGUUUUGGGAGAUGAUCGUCGUUCCACUGAAUGUUCCGGUGCAUGGAUAUUUCCUGAUCAAGGUAGACGCUUGUGUGUUUCAACUGCUGGCAAACAGGUGCUUAAUGUAAUUGGUGGCUUCUGGUCUGAACUCGAAAGCACAUUAUGUCCAGGAAACAUUAUCAGUCCUGUAGUGGAAAGCCAAAUAGAGCAUUUUGUUCACGGUGACACUGGAAUUCCUCCCAAAGAGAAUGGAGAUCUCGGGAGAGAAUCAACUACCAAGGAAGGUUCAAGAGAUGCCGAAACUCCAAGAGGACCCCUUGGACAGGUGAUGAGAGUUGCAAUCAUGGUUGGGUUCACAGCACUUGUUGUGUUUACUAGACAGAGAAAGCCAGAUAGAUGAGAUGCAGCAAAUGGUGGUGAUAGGAAGGCCAUGGAGCUCUUUCGUAUUCCAGCACCAAUGCUGCCACAGUUUUCUCUACUCGUGAAUGGAAACGCAAUAAUCAUUUUCUUCUCAUUUCUAACUGCGGAUUAUAUGAUGAGGAGCGGAGACAUCCUUGACUAUUUUUGGUUUAUUGAUGCCUUAGAACUUAACAGUCGUUUGUAUUUUGCCACAGAUAUGUAACAUCUUCAAGUUCAUGGUACUCUUGUUGAAAAAAAUACUUUACAACUAUUCUCCCUGGGCACGUUAUGGAGGAAAACACGAAUAAAAUUCUUUUCUUUUC